UAUUUUAUUGACCAUGACUUGUUGAGGUUUCUAAAUGGAAAAAGGUCAUUUUACUUAAUUUUACACAAAUUAAAAAUGCUAGCUGUACUUAAUUAAUGUCCAUUAUGCUACUAAUAAUUCCACUAAUUUAAUCCAUAAAUUCCAAAACCAAUUUUUUUUUGUUUGCUUGCAUUGGCCACGUCAGCAAAAUAGAUACGGGAUCUCCAUAUAAUAUUUAUUAUUAUUAUUAAUGGUUUUAUUUAUUUAUCAUAUAAAAAAGAAAUUUAUAAUAAUUGUCUUUUGCAUUUAUUCUCAGCAAAACCAAGAGAAAGAGCAUCGCCACGUGGCAAAGAGUAAAAAACAAUUAGAGAUAAUGUUAUCCUUUUAAGAAAAGUCAUACACCACUGAUUUAUUUAUUUAUUUAUAAACAAAUCAAUUUCAAGGCUAUUAUUUACAUAUUAGUUAGUUACAGCACUCAAAAUAAAUUUUAUUAUUUGUGUUUAUAUCUGUCACAUCUUUAUAUAUUAAAAGUGCCUAUUUAACGGCAUUUCUUGGUUUAACAGAAUAUACCUUAAAAUAAAAGAAUAUUCUGUUAAUUUUAACGGAGAAAACCAAAAUAAAUUCUGCGAUUCCUCUUUCUUCUUUAACAAAACCCUAUUGCGAUUCCAUUUAGUCUAUCUCUCAGUCGUCAACCAGUCUCGACCGACUAACUCAUUCGUUCUCUCACUCCUUCGUCUUCUCACCAUCGCCGCAAGCAUGGUUCGGUUAACUGCUGGUACAUCAUCACCUCUGAACAUCAUCACCUCAAUCGAAGAACAGAAUGCAACCUCAGAAAAGAAAGCUUUGGAGCACAAGAAGGAGAUCGCUAAACGAUUGGGUCGUCCUGUUAUUCAGACAAAUUUUUACGAGGUAAUCAUGGGAAAAAUUCAUAUUCAAAUUCAUGUUGGGUGUAAAGUUUUUACCCCUUUUAUGUUUAGAAAUUUAAUUGUCUUAGGGCAUAUGCCAUGUAAUCUGAUGAAAGAGGUGGGUUUAUAUUUAUUUGUAUGAUUUGGUUUAUCUUCAGGAUGAUACAGCAUUUGAGAAGCAGAGUGCUCUUUUUGCUCUUGUUGUUUCAGCUAUGGAGCCAUGGCUGCCUGCGACUUGGUCAAGCAGAGUCACUUUUAUCGUCGAUGAUUUUCACUCUGCUAUCGAAGAGUACGACUUCAAUUCUGAAAUUGGGACUAAGGUGAGGGGAACUGUUUUCUGUACUGAUAAUGGUGGAGCAUUGGUUAAUAUUACUGCAAAAUCUUCAACAUACUUACCUCUUCAAGAAGCUUCAAUCCACAGGCUAAAGCAUGUAGAAGAAGCAGGGAUAGUUUCUGGUUUGAAAAUGGAUUUUGUAAUUAUUGGUGAGAAUGAAGUAGAUGAUAGCAUAAUCUUGAGCUUGAAGGCUAUGUAGUAUGAUCUCGCAUGGGAAAGGUGUAGACAGCUCCAAGCAGAGGAUGUUGUUGUUAAGGGUAAGGUAAGUAAGUGCUGUAAUUUUAGGCAAGUUGGUUAGUUUAUUAUAGGUAUCAACAAUCUCAUGCUUGGUGUUAUAAAGAGUUGAUAAUGUAAACAAUGCUAAAGAAGUGAUCAUAGGAUUGUUUUAUUGUACUGUUUUUUAAUUCAGAAAUGUUGUUGAAAAUAAUGUACUCAGCUGAACCAAUGGAAGAUUAGGUAGAAGUUUCACUAUACUCUUUUUAGUUUUUCUAAUAAUAUUUCAUAUAUUAAGACUUUUUUUAAUACUUUUUUCUUCUAUUUUAAGAUCGCACAUUCACUUUAAUUUAUGUUACAUAAUAUUUGCUUUAAAAUCUGUAAAACUUAUGACUUGUUCCUCCAAAUUUUCUAUAAGUAAAUAUUAAGUGUUAUUUAGUGAUGACUUAUAUAUACCCAAAUUUAUUUGAAUAACCAAUUAUAAUAGCACAAAUAUUACUUUAAUAAAACGAAUCAUUCGUAUGAUCAUACUUUCACGUACAAUCUAAAUAAAAAAAAAUAAAAAAACUUAAACUUGACCUAAAACUAAUAUUUACGUGCCUCGGCACGUAACUCCUACCUAGUCUAUAUAAUAUACAUGAAUAAAUUUUUUAAAGAAUAAGCAUAUAUACUUUUCAAUGAAGUUUUUUUUAUUUUAUUUUUGAUUGCUUUUAAUAUUUCUAAAUGAGAUAAAGUUGCUUAUGCUUCAAUUUAUACAUAUUAUUUUUCUUAGAGAAAUGUAAUUAUAUUAUUUUAAAAGAGGAACUUCAUAAGUUUUGGCAUAUAUAUGUUUACAUACAUGUAUGACAAUGUUUUCUACUCAUUAUUUUUCAUUUAGUAAUAUUUGUAUGUU